UCCAUAUGAAAAAAAAUUUCUUAUCUUGGGUUUCAUUUCCUGUUCUUGUUUGGCAAGUUUAGUUCAUUAUCUCUGUCAAGUUCUUUCUUUUUUAAAGAGAGAGAGAGAGAGAGAGAGAGAGAGAGAGAGAGAGAGAUGGGUGGUGAAACAGAAGAAUCGCCAUUGCUCAGAAGCUUUUCUUGCUCUGACGAAGCAUCAGGACAGGCUCUGAAAAGAACUGGGACAAUAUGGACUGCAACGGCUCAUGUUAUAGCUGGGGUGAUAGGAGCAGGGGUAUUAUCCCUUGCGUGGAGCAUGGCUCAACUUGGGUGGAUUGCAGGUCCAUUAGCUAUGAUAGCCUUUGCAGCUGUGACCCUUGUUUCUACGUACCUCCUUUGUGACUGCUACAGAUUUCCUGAUCCUGAAUGUGGCCCCACCAGAAAUCGAUCCUACAUGGAAGCUGUUGGAUUGUAUUUGGGUGAGAGGAGCCAACAAGCAUGUGGAAUAUUUGCACAGGAGAGCUUUUAUGGCUGUGGAAUUGCAUAUACUAUUACGUCUGCUACCAGUGUAAAAGCAAUUCUAAGGUCAAAUUGCUACCACAGAGAAGGGCAUAAAGCUCCAUGUAGAUAUGGGGAUACUAUGUUCAUGCUUCUUUUUGGUGUGAUUCAGAUAGUAGCAUCUCAAAUACCAAAUUUUCAUGAAAUGGAAUGGCUCUCUAUAAUUGCGGCAAUCAUGUCCUUUGCUUAUUCCUUUAUAGGAUUUGGUCUUGGCUUUGCAAAAGUAAUAGAAAAUGGAAGGAUUGAGGGAAGCAUUAGUGGAGUCCCAGCUAGUAAUUUUAGUGAUAAACUAUGGUUAGCCUUUGAAGCACUGGGAGAUAUUGCUUUUGCGUAUCCAUAUACACUUAUUGUUCUUGAGAUCCAGGAUACAUUGAAAUCACCUCCACCAGAGAACAAGACCAUGAAGAAGGCCUCUGUGAUGGCAGUAUUUAUUACAUCUUUCUUUUACCUUUGCUGUGGAUGCUUUGGAUAUGCUGCCUUUGGCAAUGAAACUCCUGGAAAUCUCUUAACGGGAUUUGGAUUUUUUGAGCCGUAUUGGCUCAUUGACUUUGCAAAUGCUUGCAUUGUGCUUCAUUUGGUGGGAGGAUAUCAGAUAUAUAGUCAGCCAGUGUUUGCAUUUGUGGAAGGUUGGUUUGCUAAGAAAUAUCCAAGGAGCCAUUUUGUAAAUAAAUUUUACCCAUUGAAACUUCCAUUGUUUCCUCCUCUUCAAAUGAAUCUUCUGAGGCUAUGUUUCAGAACUGCAUAUGUUGCUUCAACAACAGCUAUUGCAAUGGCCUUCCCUUACUUUAACCAAGUUCUAGCGGUGCUUGGGGCUUUGAACUUUUGGCCUUUGGCCAUAUAUUUUCCUGUGGAAAUGUACUUUGUACAAAAGAAAAUUAGGGCUUGGACAGCAAAAUGGGUUGUUCUUAGGACGUUUAGCUUGGUUUGCCUUCUUGUGUCAAUUAUGGGCUUAAUUGGCUCUAUUCAAGGGCUUAUGCAAGCCAGAUUUGGCUGAGAGACUUUAUGUUAGUAUAUUCUUUUUAGCCAACAGACUAUAAUUUUCAAGUCCUUGCCUCUGUUUCAUGUGAGAUUACAAGACUGUACAGUGUAUUAUGUUUUCUUGGCUGUUCUAAUAUUUAAGUUUGUUUAAAGAA